UUUUACUAUAUUCGCUUAGAAAGUUAUAAGUGAUUUAUCUUUCUUUUUGUGUUUCUUUCGAUGAACGGAAAUUGAUACGUAGUGAUUAAAAUAUUGGCUGUAAACACGUUACCCAUAUCUUAUAAAUUUCAUAUUACUAUGUCGAUGAAUAAUGUGUGAGUCAUUGCCUUUUUAUUUGCGCAUUUAAGUACUUAGGGUAGCACCGUCUAAAAUGGCUGAUUUAAUACGCGCUAUGGGGGCUCCAAUAGGACCCCCUGUAAAGGAUAAGUUAGGGUCUCCGUCGACUGAAUCUGAAGACGGUGGUGCAGAUCCAGCCGAAUUAGCUGCAGAUCUAGAAUUAGACGAAGCUGAUGGCCCUAGUACCAAUGGUGAACGCCAAGCUGUGUUGGCUCCACCAGAAUCGGAGUGGUACCAUGGUCGCUUGGACAGAUACACAUCUGAGGAAAGGCUCUGGGCAGCAAGCAAGCAAGGGAGUUAUCUAGUGCGUGAAAGUGACAGAAAACCAGGUUCUUACGUAUUGAGUUAUUUGGGACGAACUGGGAUCAAUCACUUUAGAAUCACCGCGGUAUGUGGGGACUACUACAUUGGCGGUCGUCAGUUCGAUUCCCUGACAGAGUUAGUGGGCUUCUACAGCCACUGUUCCGAUCUGCUGAAGAGAGAGCGACUGGUCGAGCCUGUUCCACCUCCUGAACCUGUUAACGAUAAAAAGCGCGUAGUAGCAAUUCUGCCGUACACCAAGAUGCCGGACACGGACGAGCUCACGUUCCAAAAGGGUGACAUAUUUUUCGUGCAUAAUGACAUGGGCGACGGCUGGCUGUGGGUCACGGCGCAUCGCACGGGGGAGCAAGGUAUGAUCUUCAGAGAGUUGGUCGAGGAUUUGGAUCCCUCCAUCGAUCCUAACACCGUAUUCUCGUGGUUCCAUCCGAAUUGCACGAAGAGCGAGGCUGUCGACAUGCUGGUGAAAGCCGGUCCUGGCAGCUUCCUAGUCAGACCCUCGGACAACUCGCCCGGGGAUUACUCCCUGUUCUUCCACAUCAACAAUCAGAUACAGAGGUUCAGGAUAGAGAAGAAGGGAGUCAGAUAUCUCAUGGGUGGAAGAGUAUUCGAAUGUCUCGAUGCAGUCAUCAAUAGAUAUAGAAAGGAGCAAAUUGUGGAAGGACAUACGUUGGGACAACCGUUAAUAGCCGAAGGUCAUCAUAUUGAACCCCAACAAAACACAACAGGAGCAGCAGCUGAAAAGAUAUACGCGACUCUCAGAGAGUGCAGAGAUCAGAUAGGUCUGAAGAAAAUGAAAGGAAUCAAACAUCAAGGAUAUUUGAACAAGAAAUCGGAUAAAGCCGCUAAGAAAUGGAAGGCACUAUAUUUCGUUCUGUUACAAGAAGGCACUGACACUCAUCUGUACUUCUAUGAUUCACCGAAGAGGACCAAACCUAAAGGAUUGAUAGAUCUCUCUUGUGCAUACUUGUAUCAGGUGCACGAGUCGCUGUGGGAGCGCGAGUUCUGUUUCCAGCUGGUGGAGCGCGCUCUGCCGUGUCUGUCCACUCACACAUUCCUGGCUGCAAACUCGCAGGCGGACGAGCGAGCCUGGCUCGACGCCCUGCGCCCGCUCUGUGUGCCGCAGCAGGCCCGCCAUCAGUGUAAGGUGGCGCGUGUGGUGUGGCUACGUGCACUGCGCGUGCGCUGCGUAACAGCGCAUCGCUUGCCGCCGCGCCUCGCCCCGCGCCCGCACUUGCGGCUCGCUCUCGGCGCCGCGCCCGUCGCACGUACACGCGCCAAACCCUCCCCAGACCCACACUGGGAUGAUGAGUUUGUAUUCGACGAUGUGCCUCCAGAUGUGACGUCAUUCACGAUCACGGUGCAUAAUACAGGGAAACGUGGUAAAGAGUCUGAGGUAGCUGAAUUGACAAUAGAGCUUGCUAAUCUGGCUAAUGGAGAAGAAGUUGAAGAGUGGUAUCCACUCGCUGGUAUGACACCGAUUGGAGAGUGGGGGUCGUUGAGGCUACGUAUAAGAUAUAUGCAAGAGUUGGUAAUGCCUCGUGAAGAAUACAAUCCCUUACGUCAGUUGUUGCUGGAGCCGGGCAUACCAGCGGUGAAGGCGCUGGCCGAACUGUGCCGUACUGACAGACAACCAUUGGCUACAUCGAUACUGCAGACGUUCAGCGAGUGCGGGCGCGGGGCGGAGCUGGCGCGCGAGCUGGCGGGCGCGGAGGUGGCGCGUGAGGCGGACCACCGCGCGCUCUUCCGCGCCGCCAGCCUCGCCACCGCAGUCAUUGAUGAGUUCAUGCACGCGCUCUGCAAACCUUUCCUACAGGCGGCGAUCGCGGAGACGGUCCAGAAGUUAAUCGACUCGAAACAGUCCGCCGAGUUGAACCCUACCAAGAUGGAUUCCCCCGAAGAUGCCUGUAAUAAUGCUGAGUUUCUACUUCUGAUUCUAGAUCAGAUAACGCACUCUAUAUUUCUGACGCCGGAGUCGUGCCCGCGCGCAGUGCGCUAUGUGUGCGGCUGCCUGCAGCGCGCUGCCGUCGCCAAGUGGCCCAGUGAACGCUUCGUGCGUACGCGUGUUGUCUCUGGGUUUAUAUUCCUGCGACUGAUAUGUCCUGCGCUGGUGGAGCCGCGCGCGUGGGGCCUAGUGAGCAGCACGCCGCCGCCGCACGCGCAGCGCUCACUGCUCAUGGUCGCCAAGUGCCUGCAGAACCUCGCCAACCUAGUGGAGUUUGGAGCCAAGGAACCGUAUAUGGAAGUGGUGAAUCCGUUCAUUCUGAAGAACAAGGAGCGAAUGAUCGCGUUCCUCGAUCAGCUCAGCUCCGUGCCAGAUCCCGGCACUGCGCCUCCCAACACUAACAAUAAUUUCGAUAUAGCGAAGGAGUUGGCGACUCUGCACCACAUCUGUGUGUCGCACCUGAGCGAGCUGCAGACGCUGGGCAAGUCGCAGCCUGCCAUCCGCAAGCUGGUCACCGUCACAGAGAUGCUCACCAAGCACAAGCACAAGUACCUCGAGAUGAUUAGAUAGGACAUCUUCAUACUACAACACAGGGUAACGAGUGACGGCGGCCGAUAUAGCGGUCUAGAUAGCGGCCUCUAUAUCUUCACGACGGAGGUGAUCCAUUCUACAACAUCGAACUUCAUAUCGAUUUUAUUAAUUUUAAAAUCGAUAUCCAGAACACAGCAAACGGUAUUUUGUGCAAUUUUAUUUUAGAUUGUUUAACACUGUGAUACGAUUUAUAUUCUUUUUUUUUAUUUUUUGAAAUUAUCGAUGAUUCUGUCUUUAUCGAUUUUAUAAUAUCGAUAUAAAAAUCGAUGUUUGUAGCGGACAUCCCUCAGCGGUGUAAUGUAGUCAUGUUAGCUUUAGCGUACUGGUAUCGUGCAAGACUCAAUCCGAGCUUCCUCGUGCCAAAACUCUUGUAUUCGACUGUAUUUAUAUUUUGUACUAAUGUUUAGACGUUCUUUUCUAUAGUAUCGCAUUUCUUGUUAACAAAUGUAAAAAUUAAUUAAAA